AUGAGUGUCAAUAAAAAUCGUUCAAGUACAGUUUAUUUAAAUCAAUUGAUAACAAAUAUUCCUCUACGACAAAAAAUAGCGGAUCAGAAUGAUCGAGAUAAAUUCGAAUGGAAUCAAUGGCAAAGUGCAACAAAAGCAAUUAAUAAUGUUGAAGUAUCACCGAAAGAAAAACAUGUUCGAAAUCUUAUUCUUGGUACAUUUCGAUUGGAAGGUUCUCGUCUAUUUUGGUCCAUGAUGAUUAGAAUUAAUAUUGAAUCACAUCCUGUUAUUGGUUGGAAGUUUUGCUAUAUUAUUCAUCGACUUUUAAGAGAUGGACAUAAAAAUAAUGGUGUACAACAAAAUUAUAGUUUACUAUCAUAUCGUUAUUGUAAUUUAAUAAUAGCAAAAUUAAAAUUUCAUGAACGAAAUCCAAUAUUUACGGGAAAUUUAACAAUGAAUGAAUAUAAAGAUAUUCGUCGUUUAUUUAAUGAUAAUUUUAAUUCAUAUUUUCAAUUAUGUAUUGAAUUAUUUGAUUAUAUGGAAGCAAUAUUAAAUCUUGUUCAAGUUAUUUUUAAAUCACUUGAUCAAUCACGUUCAAAUUCAAUGACAGCAGCUGGUCAAUGUCGUCUUAAUCCACUUAUUGUUUGUAUACAAGAUUCAAGUCUUCUUUAUGAUUAUAUUGUUAAAGUUCUUUUUAAAUUACAUGAAGGCUUAUCUGGUGAUGUAUUGCAAGAUCAUCGGCAAAGAUUAAUUGAUCAAUUUCAAAGAUUAAAAUGUUUCUAUGCUCAAUCAUCAACAUUACAAUAUUUUAGCAAUCUUAUUAAAAUUCCUGUUUUACCUGAAAAUCCACCAAAUUUCAAUGUAAAAGAAGAUUUAAAAAAUUAUCAAACUCCUGUAGCUAUUGUAAAUACAUCAUCAUCAGAUUCAUCACAAGUGAUGGAAGAUCUUCUUAUUGAUAUAUCAGAUGAUACUAAAUCAACAUUAAGGGCUACAUUCAGCGAUAAUUUAUUAGAAAAUGAAACUAUGUAUAAUCGUGCACAAGACAUAUCCGAUCUUGAACAAACAUUAUUACAGUACGAUACAAUGUUAAAACAAAAUCGUUCUGAAACUGAUGAUUUACAUCGAACUAUUGUUAUUAAAGAUGCAGAAUUAAUUGCUGAAAGAGAUCAUCGCCUACAAAUUGAAGAACAACUUCAUCAUCAAUUGAAUAAUCAACAAUCAAUAGAAGAAAUUCAUGCAUUUGAUAAUAAAACAAAUUCGAAUGAAAAAUUUAAUAAAUUACUUGAUACUUAUAAUCAAUUGUAUGAAGAGCAUAUUGUUGUCUUACGUCGAGAAGGUGAAAUUAAAAAACAAUUAGAAACUUUAAAUCAACAAUAUAAACAAUUAAAAGAAGAUUAUACGAAAAAAGAAAAUGAAUUCAAUCAAAAUUAUCAAAAAUUUAACAAUGAAAUUAUGCAACUACGUCAAACAAAUGAUGAAUUACAAGGUCGAAUUCAGGUGCUUACAACUGAACGUAAUGAUUAUCAAUCCAUAACAAUAACAACCAAUGAACGUAUUAAAGAAAUUGAACAUGCUAAACAAAGUUUUGAAGAACAAUUAAAAGAAUUAGAAAAUGAUAAAUCGCGUUUACAUAGUGAUAAAUUCACUUUUGAAAACAAAUUAAAAGAAACCGAAGGAGAACGUCGUGAUUUAUUUGAUCAAAACCGAGAACAAGAAGAAAAUCUUAUUGAUUUAAUACAUGAAAAAGAAGUGCUUGAACAAAAAGUUAUCGAUUCAGAAGAAACAAUACGUGAAUGGGCACGAAAAUUUAUUGAUAUAGCCGAUAAACAAAAAUUAAUACAAGCUAAUCAUGAAAAUCUCUUGAAUAAUGUAAAACGACAAUAUAAAUACUCCAUUUUAACAUAUUGUAUCAAUCAAAUGCAUGAUGGAAUUGAUAGAACAAAAGACAUUGAAUUAUUGAAUUGUAAAAGUAGUGCAGACUAUCUUCGAACGAAAUUACAGAUAGCUGUUACAAGUACAAAAAAAAUACAAGAUCUUUGGACAAAACAAAACGAAUUAGAUGAAAGUUAGUCAAUGUGUUUCAUUGUCAAUCUAUCUCCGAGAAUCAAAAGCUUCGGAUCUUCUAUUAUUUCAGUCUUCUAACAUGAGGAGGAAUUUAUUUUGUUCACUUUAAACGGGUCAUCGGAAUAAGAAGAAUAUUUUCAAUAUAUAAAAUCUUUUCGAAAAAAACUCUCAAUGAUCUAAUAUAUUCAGAGUUUGAUUGUAAAUUUCGAUAUUGAAAUUUACUCAUAUUUUCAUUCUAUAAGAUAUUUCGAAAGUUUAAGGUCGGAUUAGGUGAAGAAAGAAACUAUCUAUUCAGUUUAAAACAGAAUCCUGUGGGACAGUUCCGAAAUUCGAAAAAUUCCAAAGUACUAUUAAAAAAUAAGUUUCUCAGAUCCCAUUAAAAUUAUAAAUUUUGGUAGGUUUCUAUCUACGGAUUAAUACAUAUGUAAAAUGUCAGGUCAUAGUUAUGUUAAUCGACCUGAUGAAUUAUAUGUAAGAUUAUAGGGAAAAAUUAAAUAGAGUUUUACUCAAUGAAAAUCGAACUCGUUCUGAUUAGAAGCAUUCUCAGACAAAAGAUCGAUGUCCCCUUUUCUCCACAAAGACAUUUAAAUAUGUACAAGAAUUAGGGAUUGAAGAGUUUUCCCAAGAGGAAAAUAACCUUUUGUUUAUGAUGUUCCUUUCUUAAAUAAAUGCCUGUUGACUUUACUGAGUAUAAUAGUCUAUAUGCUUCUCAUAUGGAGACUUUCAAGCCUUAUCAAUGUUAAUAUUUCAAAAAACAAAAUGAUAAUUGAUACUAAUUGUUU